AUGCUCAACAACGCCGCCAUAAUUCUGGACACAAUUUCACCUUGUCUCAACACCCUUUUCUUUCCCAGUCUGCGAGUUUCAGCAUUAUGCGUCAGCACAUCAUUCAGAUCUCUUUUUGCUAUCUCUGUAGGGCGCUCCAAUGCUUCCAUCAGUUUGCACUUUGCCACACUGCUCAAAGGUUCAGGCAAUGUAGGCAAUCUUAACACAAAAGACGCAAGCAAAGAGACAGUCCUUGCCUUGCUCGGUAUGCUGCUUGGUAUGCUCAUUGUGCCCCAUUUGACAACGCCAUGGAAAAUUUACACAACUCUCCUUGUUCUUGUUGGACUCCAUCUCACCAUCAAUUAUAUUGGUGUGUGGGGUCUGGUCCUGUGCACACUGAAUGGACAAAGGACUUAG